AUGGAGCCGAAGAUUUAUAUAAUCGGUGGAGGUGCUGUUUUGCUUAUAGGUAUCAUCCUUUUUGCCUUAUCAUUUGACUCAAUAGAGCCAACUGAAUGGGGAUUGUGCUACAAUACUUGGACCAAGACAGUUUAUGAAGAUGAAAUCUACGCAGGAGGCAGAUAUGUGAUAGGUUUCACUAACUCCUUUAUAGCUUUCCCUAGGAAUUUAAGAACUAUUGAAUUUUCUGAUACCCCACAUGCUCAAGGAGGGUCCCUUAAAACGAGAACUAAGGAAGGUCUUUCACUGGGUCUUGAACUGUCUUUCCAAUAUGAGCUGAUUAGGAACAAAAUACCUAAGCUCUAUGAAAUUUCUAAUGUGAAUUUUGAACAAACCUUUAUCAGAAUUGCUAGAGACACGAUUUUGCAAGAAGCAGGCAACCAUCAAGCCCCUGAAUAUUGGACCAAUAGAACACAGAUUGGAAAUACAAUGAGAGAAAUCCUAGACGUUGAAUUGCAGCAUGCCUAUGCAUACUGUAGAAGCUUGCAAAUAAUGAAAAUCAUUUUACCUGAUAGCUAUGAGCAGAGCAUUGUGGAUACGCAAGUUGAAGUCCAGAAAACGACAAUGAAAGGAUUUGAGCAGCAAGCAGAAGUUGUGAGACAGAAAAGUUUGGUGCUUCAGUCAGAAUGUGAUCAAAACAUUACCAUUAUUGAAUCAAGUGCAAAUGCCCAGGCUUAUUUCUUGAUCUAGUUAAUAAAAUGGAAAAUAUCUAGCUAGAGAGCAUGCCAAAGUGAAUUUUGGCAGUGAAAGGAGGAGAGCACCUAAAGGAUAAGAGGGCUAAUAUAUCAGAUUAAAACUUGAGAAAGAUGUUAUAAGAGGCUCAGCGCUAGGGGUGGCUUAUAUACUUAACCAGAAGAUGAAUCUGAUGUGGAAUCACACGAGAGAAAAAUGAUCAGAUACUGUAGGAAUGAAUUUGCAGAAGUAAGACUUGGAAGACGUUUAAGGGAAUAGAGGAAAAGUGGGAAAAGCAGGCAUGAGCAAAAUACAUGGAGAAUUGGACGGGAGGUAGGAGGAAAAAUUAUAAUUUAUGAAAUUGUGCUUUAUACAGAGAAAUUUUUGGGAUGAUUAGUAGGUGAGCAUUGAGAGAGUGUCGAGUUAGAUUUGCAGUAAUUUAUAGAUAAGAUAUUCUUGAAAGAGCUUGCAAAAUCUAUCGCGAGCACUAAUACAUUAGAAAUGCAAGCAUAUGUCUACUCUCAAGCUAUUGAUCUUUUGGGCUUUUCUCAAGAAGAAUUUAGUGAGUAUUUAUUCUUAAGGUCAGUCAAAGAUAAAGAUAACGCUACCGUUGUUGUUGGAGUUGACAGCGCAAUGAUCCAAGUAAAAGGCUAA